AUGAAAGGGCUUCCGGUGGCCCUAAAAUCGCACCGCAGAAAGGACUACUCGGCUGCCCAUGAGAGUCUAGCUGGCACUGUGAAGGGGGACAGCAGACAGAUAAAGUGGCUCUUACUUGAUGCACUUGUACCUAAGCCUCCAAAUGGCACCCACAGCAUCCUUUCCAUACAGCAGGCUCCCUUGACAUUAGAGGAAAUAUCACCGAUACCAGCCCGCCAUAUGGGCUUCUCCAGGCGGCGCAUCUGCUGUGUGCUCUGGCGGCACAUGGCGGAGACGGGAAAGGUUUAA